AAGGUGAAUCGAUCGAUAUCAUUUGUAAAUUUAAAUGGAACACAUACAAAUAUGAUUGAGGGAACUUGGCGAGGAUUGAAGAUACGAAUUCAACCUCGAUAUAGAGGUAUUGAAUUGAUUGAAAAAUAUCUGUUAGAAUUUAUCUGGCGACGAAAGCAUGAGAAUAAUUUAUGGCAAGGGUUGCUUGAUGCAUUGCUUGAAAUUGUAUCUCGAAUAUUUAAUCAUAUUGAUGAUCCAAAAGAUUUUCAAGUUCUCUCAAGAGUUUCAAAAGAGUGGAAACAAGUUCUUGACCAUCAUUCAUUUUGGGAAUAUCUUACAUGA